AUGCUACAGGUUGGCCUCGGUUAUACCAGCCCUGCUGGGGGGCCCAUGGCAGAUUUCCCUUUGGAGAAAACAGUGACAAGGGAAAGAGCAAAUUCCAUGAUGGCUGAUUUAAAGGAAGGAGACCUGGAAGCCACACAAGAGUUGGCCAAUUCAUUUAAAGUUGCCUUAGAAAUCCCCUCCAUGAUUGAGAUAUGGGAUAGCGACGCCAUCUCCUGCUUAGACUGCAGUAAAUUUGUGGACCAAAACAAGUUUCCCAAGUUGAAUGAUCAGCGGGACACUCAUCAACAGCUCCUUGGUAAGUCUACUAAAGAGCUGAAGAAACUGGCAAGGGAAGGAUGUUGGGCUAGAAGUCGUGCCUUAAGGGCGCAAGCUUACCAGCACAUUAUCCAGGGCGUACCCUGCCGACUCAUGACCCCAGACGCCCCAGUCUACCAAGAUGUUGCCAGCAAGCUCUUUGUAAACGAGAGUGAGAGCUUUGACCCCUUGCCCGAAUUCCUGGCAGGAAGCAUCAUGCCUGAAUAUUGCCUCACCAAGGAAGGGGUAACUGCCAUGAAAAAGGUACUCAUCUGCAUUUCCAACCUGUACCCGGACAUCACCUAUUGUCCCCUCCUUCCAGCUGUGACUGCCCUGAUACUCCAUUACAGCCAGGACGAAGCCCAGUGCUUUGAGAAUACCUGCCGACUCCUCUACUGCAAUGCUCCCCACACCUCCUACAUAGACCACUCCUUCCUCGCUCAUGAAGCCUCCUGCAUGACCUUUGGGGACCUAGCCAACAAACACUGCCCAGCUGCCCACCGACUGAUAGCAAGCUCCUCAGACAACAUCUUUGAAGUGUAUUCUGAGUGGCUGGUAUGGCUCUUCGAGGACCUUCCAUUUGAUUAUGUCAUCCGCAUCUUUGACAUGUACCUUCUAGAGGGGCAGAAAGUCCUCUACCGAAUUGCACUGGCCCUGCUGAGGCAAUACCAGCUCUCUGUGACUUCAAAAAGCCUGGAGGUGACUGAUGAUAUCAAAGGAAGCUUGCAGGCUUUCAUGUGGGACAUUCACGAGCACAUGACUGCUGACAAGCUUCUAGAGAAGGCAUUUGGCAUCCGGCUUUUCUCUCGCAAAGAAAUCUGGCUCCUUCAAAUGGCCAACAGGAAGGCACUGGUGGAGAAGGGAGUGACCGUGGUGCAGCACAGACAACCAUUCCACCUCACUGUGAACGCACAUAAUUUCACAUCUACCAUUGUUACUGCUCAGGAAAUGCGCAUUGUGUGGUCCUGGAUUCCGGAACGAUUUUCUUUGUUCUCACCUCUCCUCUUAUUCUCAACUUCUGAAGAUGGAUACAGCUUGCAAAGAUUUUAUUCCUGCUGUGAAGGCUAUGAACCAACUGUAUUGCUGUUAAAAACCACACUGGGGGAAGUAUGUGGAGCAUUUCUAUCCUCUGACUGGAAUGAAAGAAAAAAAAGUGGGGGAGCAUCAAGUUUCUUUGGCACAGGAGAAUGCUUUGUUUUCACAGUGCAGCCUGAAAUAGAGCGAUACGAGUGGGUUUUCAUCAAGAAGCCAGAACAAGCCAAAGCUAUGCCUCGUUCCCCACGCCAGCGUUCUCCAUCUCCCUUUCCUUUGGAGGGUCACACAGCAACCAGCUCAAAGCACCUCACUGUGCCAAAGUUAGACAUGAUUAAAUACCGCCUCUCUCCAUUCCUGGCAAUGAGACACUUCAAGUUACCUUCCAAAACAGCCUCCAUGUUUAUGUCUGGAACUCAGGAAGGAAUUGUCAUAGGUGGUGGUGGAGGCCAGGCUUUGUUUAUUGAUGAUAAUCUGCUUCAUGGGAGAACAGAACACUGUGAAACAUUUGACAACCCUCCUCUUUGCCAAGAAAACUUCCAGGUGCAACUAUUAGAAGUCUGGGGCUUUCAAAAUUCCUGA